ACCUCUUCUUGUGUUGAAGAGGUGAAUACUGCAAUGUGUGUUUGACCACACCAGGUUGAUGGGCGUGUGGUGUAACACAAGAGCCGUUUCUAGAGAGGAUUCUGUAAAGCCUGGUGCCCCUUUAACAGGGAAGAAAAUUUUUGUUGGUGGUAUUAAAGAAGAUACAGAAGAAGAUAAUCUGAGAGACUGCUUCAAAAAGUAUGGCAAGAUUGAAACCUUAGAAGUUAUGGGAGACUGGCUGAGUGGACAAAAGAGAGAAUGUGUUUUUGUAAUUUUGAUGAUUGUGACACAGCUGAUAAAACUGUUGUUCAGAAAUACCACACUAUUAACGAGCAAAACUAAAGUAGAAAAGGCCCUUUCUAAACAAGAGAUGCAGUCUGCUGGAUCACAGAGAGGUCGUGGAGGAAACUUUGGAGGUGGUGGAGGUAAUUUUGGUCGUGGAGGAAACUUUGGUGGAAGAGUAGGCAAUGGUGGUGGAGAUGGUGGAUAUAAUAGAUUUGGAGGUGAUGGUGGCAACAAUGGUGUAGUCAUGGUUAUGGUAGUAGAGGAGGAUGUGGUGGUGGUGGACCAGGAUGUGGAAACCAAGUGUUAG